CCAAAAAAGAGAACUUUAUCCAUCGAAUUUUCCUACGCGAUAAAACAUCUCCCAUCGAAGAAUUUCAUAUAUUUUCGUUUCAUCCCACGCACGUAUUAUAGUCUUUGCCGCAAAUUCACAAGAGGCGCGCGCAGACAGAUGAGAUUGAGAUAGUGAGUCAACAUUGCUGAAUGUGCAAGAGAGCGCGAAGUUGUACAUAAACUCGAGGCUGCGCGCGCAUAGAAGUCGCGUGCGACGAGCACCGAGCAACGAACGACGACGAAAAGGACGUCGCAGCAGAGAAGUGAGAGAACAUCGACGAAACUUGUCGCUUGUCCUCGAGCUGUAGUGCUUCGGCGAUAACAGCCGAUGGAUGGAGCUCACUGGAAUGGCGGUGGCGACGAGAUGGAAGAACGACGCUCUAUCCGGAAUUCAGGCAGGACUCCCAAGAGAUACGGCAGCACCGCUAGGCACGUGACCAGGACUGAAACCCUUGUCAAACACUCUGUUUCCAAGAGCGACACUCUCCAAGGCAUUGCACUCAAAUACGGUGUCACGACAGAGCAAAUUAGAAGGGUAAACAGACUGUGGGCUUCGGACAGUUUAUUUUUAAGGGAACAUUUAUUAAUUCCAGUUGGUGCUGACAGCCAGCUCUCUGUGUCAAAUGCAGUCAACUCUAUGCCAGAAAGUUUUGAUACCACUGCUUCUAGUCCAUCUUCUGUGUCUUCUUCUAUUGAUGAUGAGAAUUCUUCAGUGAAUGACUUUUUAGCAAAAAUGGACUCGUCCAUAGCAAGUGUAAAAAAAGAAAUCAAGAAAGUACAAGGGAAUAGCGAGUUCCUUAGCGACGGAGAUGACAUAUAUAUACAACGACGGAGAGCAACAGCUAGGCUGCGAAAUUCUCAUCCAAUCGUAUCUAAUUCGCAUUUGGUAUCUGUAGAAAAUCAGCGGCCUUCAUCAUCUGGUGACAUACAAAACUUACCAUCGGCAAUAGUCAUGACACAAGGAAAGAAAGUUAAAACUUCGUUACAAAGGCUGCAAAAGGAACAAGACGAAAUGUUUCAGUUGUAGUAGUUAACGUUUGUUGAUUAAUUCUGAUUAGAAAAUUCCAUUGAAAAAAGUAAUUGCUUUAGAUUUUUUUGGCUAAAGUCGUAAAUUUUUCGUUAGAGAUGUAAGUCUGCAUGUAAGUAAUACUGAGUAGUAUUUUUUAUUAUGGUCGUUUAUACUUGCUUGAAUGCUCAAAAACAUUACACGACAAAUAAUUGCUCAACUUAAAUAGACUGUUUAUGUGCGUAUAAAUGUCUGGAAUAAGUCUAAUAUAACUCACUUUUUCCAUAACAUGUUAAAUUUAAGAAAAUUGUGGCUUGAGUACUUUACUUAUCAAUUUAAUUUUGAAAUUGUGUUUCUAAUCUAAUCGUUGAUAAGUUGAAGAACAAAUAUAAUAUUUAUUGUUUAUAAACUAGAACUGAAAAUAAUAUAUCUUGAAUACAAAAUAUAAUAAUCACCUAUAAUUUGAAAUGAAACUAUGUAUGAAGAUAUAAAUUGAAGUGUUAGCUUUUUCUUUUAUCUAAGGUGACAUAGCAUUAAACUUACCAAACUCUUUGGUAUUUGUAGCAAAAAAAAUUAGGUGCGAGUAAAUUUCUGUGAAAAUGUACCGGUUUUCAACGAAAUAUUCCAUUACGAGAAAGAACACAAGGUACUAAGUUUUUGCUCCAGAGUCAAAUGAAUAUACUAUAUAGUUGUUGAAUGCGUAAGUCGAGAUUAAAAAUAAUAUUAGUAUGUAUGAAUCUAAUAUUAAUAUGUUGAACGAAUCACGAUUCACGCGUGCCUUCAAUCGUACUGGGUAACGCAUUAAUCGAACGUUUUACCCUAAAUUAUAUUUCAUUAAACUAUAUUAAAAUGGACUAUACUGGAAAUUUGUAUUUUCUUCAAAGAAAAAAAUGGUAGAAGUUGUAAGAAAUAUUUUAAAAGUAAUAAUGAGAAUGUGCAAGACGUCCAUUGUUUUACGCUCAUGUAAAACAUGAAAAAUGACCAAUUGGUAUGUAAUCCAGAGCGCGGAUGCACCCUAAUUGUAGGCAAUAUUCUGUACAAUCUUUGUUGUAAAAAAUGUUAUUUGCCUUUGGCAUUGAAUUUAAAUUAUUACGUAAGAACAUGCUUGACGAAUUUUUACUAUCCUAACAAAAUAUUUCGUGUCACAAACAUAAUUUCAGAGAAAGUAUCUUUAAUACCUACCUACAUUUAUGCCACAUCGCGUACGUAAUGCACAAUCUACGAAACUUGUUGAUCGUUCUAUUAAAGUAAUAAAACAUUCAAUGAGUUUAUUUUGUUGAACAUUUGUGAAUAAUUUAUCGCGAGUUGAAAUUAGUUGGUGUUCAUUAUUGUGUCAUUUAUGACACAUAAAUGUUGAAAGAAUGAUGCUAAUUUUUUUAUUUCGAUUGCUGAUUUUAUUGAUUUAAUUUUCAUCAAAAUUCAUAAAAGCAAAGUGAAUAUUAUAUUAUUAAAAUUGCGAUGCUUCACUGAAUCAUCAGAUUUCUGCUAGCAGCUGUGAAAUCGAAUAAUGUAUACUAUGUAAAGAUAAUUAUCGUAUUCUAGAAAAAGUUCUAUGUCAGUGACUAAAUGACUCAUAAUAGAUGUGUAAAAAAAUUACUGCGGCUUUUAGCAUAAUAUUAAAA